UGUGUCAGAGCCAGAAAUUGCAAUCGAUGUGCACAACUGUUGCUGUUUUGUAAUUCAAGCCACACUGUUUAACUGAAAUGAGUUGAAUAAGGAUAAAUACCUUGGAGGUUUCCAGCAGCGGGCGGGGAAAAAAAGGUGCCAGUGAUGUCCAAAUCUUAGACACAGACUGAACCUUGCAUCCAUCAUGGAGAAGAAGCCAGGCAUGAUGCAGCAUCUCCGGCAAAAGAUGCUGCCACACUUCAAGCGGGGCAAGGAUCCCUUAAACAAGUUGGCUGUCCAGCUUGACCACAAUCGGAUGAGCUCCUCGGUUCCUGAUGUAAGGAACGUGAAGCAGGAUUACCCCCACGUCUCCUCCAGAGUGCCUUUUCAGCAGUACAAUAGUCCCAGUUAUAGCGAUCCUUCCACACCGCUUGACAGGCCUUCUACGGGUCCUGUAGGAGGUGGGAGGAGUGUAAACCUUAGAGCAGGUAGUGGGAGAAAAGGGAGGAGUGAAAACAGACUGAGCGUGCCUACAAACUGCACAAACCGUUCUUCUUCCCAGGAAUCAUUCAACAGGCUUUGUGGAGAAGAGACAUCUUCCCGGGAGACAUACCAACCUGGACGAGGCAUGGAGCCCGAGGAACUUGCACUACCAGAGAUGAUGACUGUUUACACUCCAGACAGUGCGGCUGUGGAUGAUUCCCUGGACAGCUCGCAGUAUGAUAACGAUUACAGCAGUCACAUAAAGGAAGGGGACCACCAAAAUUAUGAGAUGGAGAAUGAGGCUGUGAACAUGUCUGAGAGUGCCAGAGAUUCCCAGAGGUCCUACCUGCUCACCGUUAACUUAAAGGAAGGACGCAACUUGGUCAUCAGGGACCGCUGUGGUACCAGCGACCCCUACGUCAAAUUCAAAUUGGAUGGAAAAACGUUCUACAAAAGUAAAGUGGUUUAUAAAAACCUCAACCCUGUGUGGAAUGAGUCCUUCUCUUUGCCCAUUAAGGAUCUGAAUCAGAGGGUUUACAUCAAGGUGUAUGACCGUGACCUUACAACUGAUGACUUUAUGGGUGCUGCAAGUGUCCUGCUGAGUAAUCUGGAGAUGGACAAGUCAUUAGCUCUGAUUCCUCUCAUUAUUUUAUUUGUAUCCCUACUUUUGCAGCCUGGAAAGAAUUCUCAGCCUAUUAGUUUGUCAGAAGAGCUGAAGAAGAGUCAGCUGUGGACGACUGUUUUGUUGGUGACUCUGGUUGAGGGUAAGAAGCUGCCGGUGGACAGUCAGGCAGGUCAGUUCUCCGUUCUCUUCAAACUGGGAGAGCAGCGAUACAGAAGCAAGGAUCACUGCAAAGUGCCAAAUCCUCAGUGGAGAGAGAGGUUCACCUUCAAACAGUUUUUCAACAGUCCGGAAUAUCUGGAGGUGGAGCUCCGAUCCAAGGAAGGACGAAAGGCUGCGGAAACCCUGGGGAAGCGUUGCGUGAACAUGUCAAAAAUCCCUUUGGAUCAAAGGCAAUUGCUAGAAAUGGAAUAUGGGGGAGGACACGUGUGUUGCCUCCUUACGCUGACCACGUGCGGUGGCGUCUCCAUCUCCGACCUCUGUGCCCCACCACUCAGUGAACCCCAGGAACUUCAGAACCAGCUGGACAACUAUAGUUUAAAAAGGUCCCUGACAAAUCUCCGUGACGUUGGUUUCCUUCAAGUCAAAGUUAUUAAGGCUGCUGAUCUGAUGGCUGCUGAUUUAAAUGUGGCUCAUGCCAAGGCUCUGGCCAGGAACGUGAUGCGUGUUCAGACAUUGUACAGGGCAAUCAUGUCGACUCUGCAGUACAUCAAAAGCUGCUUCCAGUGGGAGAGUUUUCAGAGGAGCCUGCUAGCCUUCCUGGUGUUUUUGGUGACAGUAUGGUACUGGGAGUUUUAUAUGCUGCCCCUCUCCUUUGUUCUGCUCAUCUCGUGGAACUACCUACAGAUCCAAUCUGGACGAGUCAGCCAGGAUGAGACCAACUUGGAUUUGGCGGAUGAGGACGAAGACGAUGAGAAGGAGUCCGAGAGGAAAGGGCUCAUAGAGAAAAUCCACAUGGUCCAAGACAUCAUCCUCACCGUUCAAAACCUUCUCGACGGGAUCGCUUGUUUAGGGGAGAGGAUUAAAAACAUGUUCAACUGGACCAUGCCGUUCCUGUCAGCCUUGGCUUUGUUGGUGUUCAUCACUGCAGCAAUUAUCACAUACUUCAUCCCUAUACGCUACAUAGUUUUAAUAUGGGGUAUCAAUAAAUUCACCAAGAAAUUACGGAACCCGUACAGCAUUGACAACAAUGAAGUGCUUGAUUUCCUGUCGAGGGUGCCUUCAGAUGUGCAGAAGGUUCAGUACAGCGAGCUGAGAGGGAGCAGGAAGAAGAAAGUCUUGUAGAAUGCACUGUGGAUGGAAGACUGUAUGAAUACUGGACCCGAUGCUGCUGUGUGUGGGAUUCCCACCUAAAAACACUUUCAGAAGGAUGGAGGAACUGUCUGAGCGCUGCGGUCUCUCACUCGGAGUUGGUUUCAGGUUGUUCAGCCGGCACGAAUCCUCAUUCACUGCCUCAUUCAACCAGCACCUAAACAGCUUUCAGCCAAAGAUGUCCUUACUGAGGACUUUUCUCAGAUUACUUUAAAUAUUUACUAAUGUCUGUGCAUUCUAUGUACAGUUUACUCUUAAAGAUUAAUAAUUAGAAGCUGCUUUAAUUUAUAUUCUUUGCCUCGGGCUGUGCCAUCUGGAACUCAACUGUAAUGUUGGUUUGUAAUAUGAUGAUUAUACAUGUUUGUCCUGUACAUAUUUUAAUUUACGUAACAUACUUAAAAUCUUUUAUGCAAUUUAAGAGAAAUAAUCUUUACAGUAAAUUUCGAAUUAAACAUGUUACUUUAAAAAGGUAUAUUUUUCUGGAAGUGCAAGGUCUCUGGUUUUAAAUGUUAGUGAUGAUUUACAGGCGCAAUUAUUUUAACUUGCACCUUUUUAUAUGUUUGUAUAAAGGAAUAAUGUAAAGUUGGCCACAAAUUAUGCAUCAUAUUCCUUUAUCUUUAAGCAUAGAUAAAGUGAUAUGCUCAUAAAAUGGUGACUAAUUUUAUUUUUGCAUGAUAUAUGGGCCUAUUUUUACAUGCAAGGAUAUGUGCCUACAUUAUGUUUUUAGAUUGCUUUCAUACAUUCUAUACAGACGACUGUACUCUGUUGUUUUUACUCUUUGCUUGUUAGUGGGGUGGGGCCACUUCUGUACACACUUUAUUUAUUAUUGGCAAUCACUGAAGAAGACUUUGUGUCCUUCAUUUCUAACAGCAAUAAAUCUGCACACAAACACUUGGCGGUAUGUUAUCUGCCUCUACUCUCUCAGCUCUGUGCUGCAUCUCUUUGAAUUCAUCUGCAAGCAUCAUCUAUCCUCUCCCUGCUCCCUUGCUGCAGGAUUGUGGGCGUCUUAACAGCACCGUUUCAGAGCCCCCUCUCUUCAUUAGGCUUUCAUGAAGCAAGGCAAAGCCGUGCGAGACCUCACCGGCGCCUGGGCUCCCCGCUGCUUUGAUGGCCCUUGGGCGUCGCCACAAGCAGGAGGACCUGCCUGACCUCCUCUCAGCUGCUGUGACGAGAUGCCUGCAGCCAGCAUCCUAUCAAGCGCAGCAGCCAGACAAUCCUCUGGUACCGGGCUGCACACGGCUCAGGAGGUGGAUUUUAAAACCAGCCACAAGCAACAACAGCCUCACUAAUUUAAGGAUUGGAGAAUUGGAAUAGUUAAGAUGUUGCUGUUCCGAGUAAUACCCUGGGUUUUAUGGCUUUUAAGUCAGAGCGCGUGGGCUCUCAGUUAGCUGCCUCUUAAAUGAGAAAUGAGGAAAAUUAGAGGAAACCUGGUCUCAAAUAAUACAAGAACAAUAUUUUUGUAUACAUUUUUUUUUACAAAUCUAUUUGAGGAUUGACCUCAUUAGAAGCUUAAGAUAUCGCAUUUGAGUAUAAUUGAGUCUUGUAUUGUUUCAUUAAUAACACUUCCUGUUGACAAAUAGCUGCUCAGUGCGAUAUGCAUAUAAUACCCUGGACGGUGCUACACAAUAUAUGCAAUAAUUUGAUGAUUUGUCCAACUGUCUGAGGACAGAAGGUGUGGAGACUGUGGCAGGUGAUGACCUGUAUAUCUCUUCAUCUAGUUAUAAUGUUGAUUUGGGUAUUCAAUAUUAAUAACCUGCUGUCAAGGACACUGGAAGGACAUUUCAAUUUGACACUUAUAGGCUCAGCAUGAAUAUGUAUAGGCAGCAAAAGGCUUCAGAAUUACCAAGUAAAAUCAUGGUUCACACGUGGAGACUAAUGUGAUGUGGCACCUGCAUUAUGAUGAACCACAUACACUGUGGCCAGUAGGUCUCGAAAGGCUUGUCAUAACUCAAUAUCGGACCAGAGAACAUUCAGCUGUGCCUGUGUUUGGAUGUGUGCAGAGAGGCGCGCUGCACGUGAAGCUGUGGAUGCGCAAUAUUAUCCUUAACAGUUUUUAUUAAGUCAUUAAUAACUAAAUUCAGUAUGAACUCUGUGUGCAUGUGUGUGUGUAGGUGGGGAAAUGAUCUAAUGGGCAACAGCACUUAAAUGAUUCCCAUCACUGCACAAGACUUUUUGCUUAGCAGGAAGCUGUUUGCACCUUCACUCAGCAAGCUCGCCUGCUUGGCUUGUGUCUCAAUUCCUAUGUCAAGUCAUAUGACAUUCUAUUUUAACCUCUGGCUGCCUGUCAAAACUUUAGUAAUAUGUAUGAGUAUGUUUAUUUUUUGUUUUUUUUUAAGUAUGUUGAACGUGUUUACCUCUGCGCAGAGAUCUUAUUGGUUCCAAUAAAAACACAGCUCAGAUCAA